UACAGAGAAACAGAACAAGAAGAAGAAUCUUUAAUGUCGCGCAUUUAUUGAAAUAGUUCUUACACUACUUUUAUGUACUCUGUUUGGAGUCAUUGGUAUACUUAGCAUUAAUCCUUCUAAUGAGCGGUUGGUGUCUUCGACACUGAAGGGUAUUUUAGCAGCUAGCGGAGGUUAGCUGGCUGGCUAACAUGGAUGAGGCGUUACGGCCCGUGCCGCUGGUUCGAUCCCUCAACAGUCGAAUACCGGUUCACUCUGUCUUCUGUAACAAAACUGGUCGUGUCGUGCGCCCAGUCUGGAUCAAUUUCCGCGGGGAGCCUCACGCCUAUCCCAAUUUACGGCCAGGAACAGGUCGAACAGUGGUCACAUAUGUUGGACACCCAUGGAUGUUUAGAGAUGCAGAGACUGACGAACCACUGAUCGUAAACUCUAAACAGCUUUAUCUUCCUAAACCAGGCGAAGGUGGAAGAGCUGAACUUGCCAAUAUCACACUACCAGUUUACAGUUUAAAGGAGCGCGCUCUUCAGGUUAUUCGGCGUCUGGUCCGGCCAGAAAACUACAGGACCUUGGAAGUAGCACGGUGUCUCCAUGAGGAACUUGAGGAUCAGCCCACUCUGCUCAAAGAUCUUCAGCAAAUAAACCAGCGAGUAGAACAACGUCUGCUCGAGAGGAUCCAAGAACAGGAAGAAUGAAGCGGCAAAGUGUGGACACUGGACAACAAUGCUGUGUUGCAAAUUAAGAAAAUGCCAUUCAGACAUUCGCAGUUUCAACAAUUCUCAGAACUGCUGAAAGUAAAAAAAAAAACUAUUACUUUAAUAAAUCAGCAACUGUUCUACAGAAAUCUCUACAGAUUUGAUAUUUACGCAGCUGUAAAAGAUGGUUUCCACAUAUUGUUAUCUUAAGACAUAUUUGAAACCAACUUGGCUUACCUUUAUUGUUCAUCUGAAUAUUAUUGUAAGCUAAUGUCAUCAUUGAAAUCACCUGAUAGGACUUUCAGAGGCUGUGGCAAUCCACGUAGUGUCGUAGGUUUUAAUCACAUAAACAAAUAGGGUGAGAUGAACAUUUCUGCUAAGAAUCAGAAAAAUAAUCAGUAAAUCUCUACCGUCUUUGUCUCCUGGUCACUUACAGAUGUAAGUGAAACAAAAAUCACAAGUGCCUCAGAAUUUCAGGAAUGUAAAAGCUGUAUUUCCUGUUUAUCUUGUUCCAACAAAUCAUCUAAUUGUGUUUUCAUCCUAGUGCUUACUAAUUUGUUUUAGCAUUCGUCAGCCUUCCUAGAGGUGUCUUUUCUAGGUUACUCCUCUGGUAAAAGCAGACUGUCAGAUUUUAUAACUGUACAGAGUUUAACUUAAGACGGGUUCUUACCGUUAAUCCACCCGAUCUGGCAGCAGGUAAGGUGAGUCAGAGGGUAUUCAUAUUUAACCAUUUGAAGCAUGAAAAGUCAAAAAAGGCGAUUUGCACUUGAACCUAUUCAGGAACAAACAUGAAA